CUCUCCCCAGAAAUGCUGAAUUUGGUUGUCUGCAAAAAAGAUACAUGGAUUUUUAGCAGCUGAAGAACAAAUUCAGGUCUUGAGUCGGGGAUAUCGGGUGCGAGCGCUGUGGCCCGGGGGCUAGCCCCCUCCGCAUCUUAAUUUGGAUUAAAGCGGAUCUCUCUGGGAGGAUUAUCGGCAGAGGGACCUUCUUUUUCUCCAUUUCUUUUGGAAACUUUCCUCGCUGAAGUGCCCUGAAGUCUUGGCUCACAGUCAUGUGGCCUCUACAGUUGUUCUUCCUCACAACGCUCUUGGCACCAACAAUCCACGCUUUCAGCCGUGCCCCUGUACCCAUGGCGGUGGUCCGGAGGGAACUAUCCUGUGAAAGCUACCCUAUAGAACUCCGGUGCCCGGGAACAGAUGUUAUUAUGAUUGAAAGUGCCAACUACGGCAGGACGGAUGAUAAAAUCUGCGACUCUGAUCCUGCUCAGAUGGAGAAUAUCCGCUGUUAUCUGCCAGAUGCCUAUAAGAUUAUGACUCAAAGGUGCAGCAACCGGACUCAGUGUGCAGUGGUCGCUGGCCCAGACGUCUUUCCUGACCCUUGCCCGGGAACAUACAAGUACCUGGAAGUACAGUAUGAAUGUGUCCCUUACAAAGUGGAACAAAAAGUUUUUCUUUGCCCCGGACUACUAAAAGGAGUGUAUCAGAGUGAACAUUUAUUUGAAUCCGACCACCAGUCAGGAGCCUGGUGUAAGGAUCCUUUGCAGGCUUCUGACAAGAUUUAUUACAUGCCAUGGACCCCCUAUAGAACAGAUACCCUAACGGAGUACUCUUCUAAGGAUGAUUUCAUUGCUGGGAGACCGACGACGACGUACAAACUGCCCCACCGGGUAGAUGGCACCGGGUUUGUGGUGUACGACGGAGCUUUGUUUUUCAACAAAGAGCGAACCCGGAACAUUGUCAAAUUUGAUCUCCGGACAAGGAUAAAAAGCGGGGAAGCUAUCAUUGCUAACGCCAACUACCACGACACGUCUCCAUACAGGUGGGGAGGCAAGUCUGACAUCGACCUGGCCGUGGACGAGAACGGCCUUUGGGUAAUCUAUGCAACCGAGCAGAACAACGGCAAAAUAGUGAUCAGUCAGCUGAACCCUUACACCUUGCGGAUCGAGGGGACAUGGGAUACCUCCUACGACAAGAGGUCGGCUUCCAACGCAUUCAUGAUCUGUGGCAUUUUGUACGUGGUGAAAUCUGUGUAUGAAGACGACGACAACGAAGCAACGGGGAAUAAAAUAGACUACAUAUACAACACCGAACAAAGCAAGGAAAGUGUGGUGGAUGUUCCUUUUCCAAACUCAUACCAGUACAUUGCUGCUGUGGAUUAUAACCCAAGGGAUAACCUCCUUUAUGUGUGGAACAACUACCAUGUGGUCAAAUACUCCUUGGAGUUCGGGCCUAUGGACAGCAGAACAGGGCAGGCACACCACGGCCAGGUCUCCUACAUUGCGCCUCCGAUUCCUUUAGACUCCGAUCUGGAGAGGCAGUCGUUUAAGGCAUCAACGUCCGGAGCCACGGGGCUGGGGGGCAUGACCACGAGUACGACACCCCGUAUCGUCCCCAGCAGCACGGUGCGCACCACCACGGCAUCGGCUUUGGGCAGAAGGAACAGAAGUACGAGCACGCCUUCCCCAGCGGUGGAUGCCCCCAACGAAUUGACCACGCACCUGGCACCCGCCUCUUCCCAGCUGCCUGCUAUUGGAGCAGAGAGCUGCGAGACCAUGGAAGCUCGCGAGAUUGUGUGGUUUAAGACCCGCCAAGGACAGAUGGCGAAGCAGCCGUGCCCAAGGGGGACCGUAGGUGUGUCAACGUUUCUGUGUCUUGCUCCUGGUGGGAUAUGGGACCCUCAAGGACCAGACCUCAGCAACUGUUCUUCACUUUGGGUCAACCACAUCACGCAGAAGCUCAAGUCGGGAGAAACGGCUGCCAACGUUGCGAGGGAACUGGCCGAGCAAACGAAAAGCCACCUGAAUGCUGGAGACAUCACCUACUCAGUCCGGGCCAUGGACCAGUUGGUGGGCCUACUGGAUGUGCAGCUCCGAAACCUCACUCCUGGUGGAAAAGACAGUGCUGCACGAAGCUUAAACAAGCUUCAGAAAAGGGAACGGUCUUGCAGAGCCUAUGUCCAGGCCAUGGUGGAGACAGUCAAUAACCUCCUCCAGCCGCAAGCUUUGAAUGCUUGGAGGGACCUGCCAGCCAGUGAUCAGCUGCGUGCGGCGACCAUGUUACUGGACACUGUGGAGGAAAGUGCCUUCGUGUUGGCCGACAACCUUCUCAAGACUGAUAUCGUGAGGGAGAGCACCGACAACAUUCAACUGGAAGUUGCAAGGCUGAGCACAGACGGGAACCUGGAAGACCUGAAGUUUCCACAAAACACAGGCCACGGCAGCACCAUCCAGCUCUCGGCGAACACGUUGAAGCAGAAUGGCCGAAACGGAGAAAUCAGGGUGGCUUUUGUCCUGUACAACAACCUGGGCCCCUACCUGUCCACAGAGAAUGCCAGCAUGAAGCUGGGGAUGGAAGCCAUGUCUACCAAUCACUCGGUCAUCGUGAACUCUCCCAUUAUCACUGCGGCAAUAAAUAAAGAAUUCAGCAAUAAGGUGUAUCUGGCUGAUCCUGUCGUGUUCACCGUCCGGCACAUCAAGCAGUCUGAGGAAAAUUUCAACCCUAAUUGUUCAUUCUGGAGCUAUUCUAAACGCACAAUGACAGGGUAUUGGUCAACGCAAGGAUGUCGACUCAUGACAACCAACAAGACACACACCACCUGCUCCUGUAACCACCUUACCAACUUUGCUGUCUUGAUGGCUCAUGUGGAAGUGAAGCACGGAGAUGCGGUCCAUGACCUGCUCCUGGACGUUAUCACCUGGGUCGGCAUCCUCUUGUCCCUUGUCUGCCUCCUGAUCUGCAUCUUUACCUUCUGCUUCUUCCGUGGGCUCCAAAGCGAUCGAAACACGAUCCAUAAAAACUUGUGCAUCAGCCUGUUCGUGGCAGAACUUCUUUUCCUCAUUGGGAUCAACAGGACGGACCAGCCGAUCGCGUGUGCUGUGUUCGCUGCCCUCUUGCACUUCUUCUUCCUUGCUGCUUUCACCUGGAUGUUUUUGGAGGGCGUCCAGCUCUACAUCAUGCUGGUGGAGGUCUUCGAGAGCGAACAUUCGCGAAGGAAAUAUUUCUACUUGGUUGGCUAUGGGAUGCCUGCUCUGAUUGUGGCCGUUUCCGCAGCGGUAGACUACAGAAGUUACGGCACAGAUAAAGUAUGUUGGCUUCGACUUGACACCUACUUCAUCUGGAGCUUUAUAGGACCAGCAACCUUGAUAAUUAUGCUUAACGUAAUCUUCCUUGGGAUUGCGCUAUACAAAAUGUUCCAUCAUACGGCCAUAUUGAAACCUGAAUCCGGGUGCCUCGACAAUAUCAACUUUGAGGAUAACAGACCCUUCAUCAAGUCAUGGGUUAUAGGUGCAAUAGCUCUACUCUGCCUAUUAGGACUGACCUGGGCAUUCGGACUUAUGUAUAUUAAUGAAAGCACAGUCAUCAUGGCGUACCUCUUCACCAUUUUCAAUUCUCUGCAGGGAAUGUUUAUAUUCAUUUUCCAUUGUGUCCUCCAGAAAAAGGUACGUAAAGAAUAUGGGAAAUGCCUGCGUACACAUUGCUGUAGUGGGAAAAGUACAGAAAGCUCCAUCGGCUCAGGAAAAACGUCUGGGUCACGAACUCCCGGAAGAUAUUCCACAGGCUCACAGAGUCGUAUCCGCAGGAUGUGGAAUGACACAGUCCGGAAGCAGUCAGAGUCCUCCUUCAUUACCGGCGACAUAAACAGCUCAGCGUCACUUAACAGAGGAGCCAUGGCUAACCAUCUUAUAACCAAUGCUCUCCUUCGUCCUCAUGGCACUAACAACCCUUAUAACACAUUGCUCGGGGAAUCGGCGGUCUAUAACAACCCUUCCGUCAGCAUGUACAACACACCAGAGCCCUACAGAGAGACAAAGGGGCUUCUGAACAAUGCCAGGGAUACAAGUGUCAUGGAUACUCUACCACUGAAUGGUAGCCACGGCAAUAGCUACAGCAUUGCCAGCAGUGAAUACCUGAGCAACUGUGUGCAAAUCAUUGACCGUAGCUAUAACCACAGUGAGACCGCCUUAGAGAAAAAGAUUCUGAAAGAACUCACUUCCAACUACAUACCUUCCUACCUGAACAACCACGAGUGCUCCAGCGAACAGAGCAGGAACCUGAUGAACAAGCUGGUCAACAACCUGGGUGGUGGGAGCAAGGACGACGCCAUUGUUCUCGAUGACGCCACCUCCUUCAGCCAAGAAGAGAGCCUGGGCUUGGAACUCAUCCACGAGGAGUCGGAUGCCCCGUUGCUCCCCCCGAGGGUUUAUUCUGCAGAGAACCACCAGCCUCACCAUUACAGCAGGAGACGGAUUCCACAAGACAACAGCGAGAGUUUUUUCCCCUUGCUAACCAAUGAGCACACAGAAGAUCUCCAGUCACCCAAUAGGGACUCUCUUUAUACUAGUAUGCCUGCGCUGGCUGGCAUGCCGGCCUCGGAAAGCAUCACCACCAGCACUCAGACCGACCCCCCGUCAGCCAAAAGUAGUGAUGUUGACGACGUGUACUACAAGAGCAUGCCAAACCUGGGCUCCAGAAACCACGUCCAACAGCUACACACUUACUACCAGCUGGGGCGAGGCAGCAGUGAUGGAUUUAUAGUCCCGCCAAACAAGGAUGGGACCCCAUCGGAAGAAACUUCCAAAGGACCGGCUCACUUGGUCACUAGUCUAUAGAAGACGAAGCGAGAUGUUUUAACAAAAACAAAUGCUCCUCGCCCAGCGCUCGGAUUACUGUUCAAAGUUAAAUCAAAGCGGUGGUAAUAUUGUGUAUUCUCCCACUUCAUGCUGUUCUAAACGACAAACAAUUCUCAUACCUUUUUAAUAGGAUUUCUAGGCACGCCCAGGAAGAAUGCUAAUGGCUGUGAUCCCCCUCUCUCCUGUCCCCCCUUCCCACCCCCUACCCCCACCUCAGAGAGACUUCAGGAAGCGAAUGAAGGGAUGCGACAGGAAAAAUAAAAUGGCCUGCUGUGUGGCCGUCUGAAAUUAUAACUGUAUUCGUUUAAGCAUCUUUGGAUGCGCUCUUCCUCUUAUUACCAAGGACCUGAUUUCCACAAGGCCGAACGUGCAUUUGCGACGACUAGCAAUGAUGCAUCUAGAUUGGAGUGCUGCACAAAAAAAGAAACAAAAAUAGCAAAAAAAAACCCUGUUUAUUCCGAAUCUGUAUCACAUAAUAGUUUUUUGGUCUCUCAUCAUUUGAUUUCACCACGGCCCACUUAAGCUGUGGAGCAAACCUUAAUGAAAUAGAAGGGAAGUCUGUAACUGUAUGCUACACAGCAUAUUUUUUAUGUUUUGCUGUAUUAACUGAUGAUAAUUCUAAUGGCAGAGAAAAAAAUGGAACAAUUCCUAUGUAAUGUACAGAUACUAGCAUUGCACAUAUAGUCUGCUUUUUGUUCCGCCAGAACUUGCGUCCCUGUUAAUGUAGUGGAAAAAAACAAACUUUUUUCUGUUGUGCUGGUCUCGCAAGGUUGUCUACCAGUAGGAGCAAGAUUUUUCAUACAUCCUCCUUUUUUGCCAUUUUUCCAUAUAAAUUUGUUUUCCACUGGGCAAAAAGAAAGAAAUUCACUCGAUAAAGAUCUUUUUUUCCCUCCCCAUAUUGAUUUAGAAACUCCAUUCUCCAGUAGUCUUAAGGUAUUUUCUUUCCUAACUCUGUAUUUCUUUAUAAAUUUGUCAACCAAACAUUUUGCAAAUUAGGAGAGCUGGACAAACUUUUAUGUUUACAGUGCACAACCAGUGAGAAGGUGCUGCAUUCGUGGCAUGCAGCCUUUCUCCAAGACAUUAGGUACCCUUCUAAGAGACGAUAUAUCCUCAGGGGAGUCAUUGGGACUUCUGCAUUUGAACAUGCCGUCCUCUGCAGGAGCCAAAAUCCCAUCCCCAAGCUAGGAACUUGUACUGCAGAGGUUAAAAAAAAAAUUGACUGACUCAGAGCAAAGAUUGGGGGGAGAGAGAAAAUAAAAACCUAUUUUGAGUGGUAAAAAAAAAAAAAAUCCUUCCAUUAUUUUCCUAACAGGAAAUGUAUUUAUUUGACAAGAUUUAAAGUAAUGUAGGCCUUCCCUGGAGGUAAAUUAGCAGCACAGAUUCUACUUUUUUUUAAUUUAUGAUGCAUUUUGUAUGGUCGCCAAGUUGAAUGACCUCAUUACUAAUAUUUGUUGUAAAAGUGACAUUUGUUUGCCAACCAAUAAACAACUGAUUAAGAUUUAGAAGGAA